AUGCCCCAGUUCACCUUCGCCUGUUUCUGCGGCCUCCACGGCUUCUGCAAGAUGAAGAGGAAGAAGGAGGAGGCCGGCGGGGGGCAGGAGACGGCCGUGUGAGGGGCGGCCCCGCCCGGGACCCUCCUGCUCCCCUGGGGCAGAGCUGGAUCCUGCCUUGUCCUUGCCGGGGAUGUCACCGAGGUGCCACCGCCACCCUGCCGGGACUACAAAUUCCUACAAAUCCCAGUGCCACGGAUUCCUGGUGUUCAUGGAAGGAGCCUCCGCUCCGAGGGAAGGCAGAAAAAUGAAUUUUUUCCCAGCAGCAAUAAUCCUUUUUUAACCCCAACACAGCAAGGAAAGGAUCCAGCUUCCCUCCUCUUGUUCCCACUGGGAAUUUGGGCAAUUCCUGCAUCCUGGUGGCAGCCAAGAGAUAAAAAAACUCAAAAAACCACGAAAAACCAAAAAAAAACCAAAACCAAAAUCCCCUUUUUUAAUAUUUUUCUCUCCUGGUCAAAGCUGUCCCUCCUCCCUUCCACAGGGAGGAUUUUCUUCCAGGUAUUCCCAGUCUUCCUGUAGGCCAAAAUAAUUGGUGGCUGCCCCAAAAAUUGGUGUUUUUCCGAAUGUUAUGCCAAGGACAAAGCUCCAGGUGUGCCCAGGACAUCUCCAGUUGCUUUGGGAAAUGCUGAUUUUGUCCUGUUCCUAUUUUUGCACAUCAGCAGAGCCCGUUCCACCUUUCAUCCCCAGCACGGCCCUUGGUGAGGAC